CACACGCUGCGGAAAGAGAGGGGAAGGGGAAGAGGCGGCACGAUGGUCAAGUAUAGCAGGGAACCCACCAACCCGAGCAAAGGUACGGGAAGCGGACACGAGAUGCAGAUCUGGCGGUGGCCACAUCUGGGGUGGGUUGCGCGCGUGUUGUGUUUGUGUUGCAGCUGCCAAGGGGAAGGGUGUGGACCUGCGCGUGCACUUCAAGGUGGGAGGGGAGGCGGCGGGGGAGGCGGGGAGGGGGGGACGUCACACAUCGAGUGUGCCUGAGGGGAGCGAGGACAGACAGACAGCGCGAACAGACAAAGCGUUGUGUCAUUCUGUGGGUGUUGCGUUCGUUGUGUGCGUGUGCGUCAAUCAGAACACCUAUGAGGUUGCGCAGGCCAUCAAGAAGAUGCCUCUCAAGAAGGCCCAGAAGUACCUCGAGGACGUCAUCGAACACAAACAGGCCAUACCUUUCAGAGUCUUCAACGGUACGCAGCCAAACACACACACAUACCCUCCCUCCCUCCCUCCCUCCCUCCCACACACAUCCAGGCAGACAUAUCUGUGUGUGUGUGUGUGUGCUGUGUGCAGGCUGCGCCGGCCGCACGCCGCAGGUCAAGACGUUCAAGCACACGCAGGGCCGAUGGCCGCAGAAGUCGUGCCGCAUCAUUCUCGACCUGCUGCGCAACGCCGAGUCAAACGCUGAGGUACACGCACUCCCGGCCAACCACACACACGAUGGGAGGCAGGCACACAUGUGAGUCGCGCGGUGCGGUUCGUUGCAGUUGAAGAAUUUGGACAUCGACAACUUGGAGAUCAAGCACAUUUUGGUCCAGCGUGCGCAGAAGGGCAGACGGAGGACCUACAGGGCCCACGGACGCAUCAACCGUAAUGACCACACACACACUGAAACCCCUCCUCCGACACAUGGACACGCCAGGAUGGAUGUGUGUGUGUGUGAUGUGUGUGUGUGCAGCCUACAUGAGCAGCCCUUGCCACGUGGAGGUGAUACUGGAGGAGCGGGAGGAGCCCACGAGCCGUGCCGACGACAUCGGCACCGGCGGCAAGCGGUCCGUCAAACUCAGCGCCAAACAGCAGGCCAAACGACGGCUCAGGGAGGGAGGCGGAGAUGACUGAGUCAGUCACCCUCCAACACAACACACCAAGCACGUGGCGCGGCGUGGCGCUUGCGGUGCGCAUGGUGGAUGGAUCGCAUGGGUGCGCGUGAUGUGAUGCGACACUCUUGCGUGUGCGUGAAUGGUCGUGGCUGGAUGCGUG